AUGGCACUUAUAAGAACUAGUUCUUCAAUUAAACCUUCCUUUAAAGCAAGAAAAUUUUCUUUAGCUGGUGACAAGAAAGCAACUUCAAAUCUUCAAGGAGAGCCUCAAAAGUUUCCUGAAGAAGGUUCUUCAUUUGGCUCAACAAUAGUGUUUUCUCAGAAUUUCUUAAAACAUUCUGCAAAAGAAAUAUUAAAAUUACCAAUUUCAUAA